CCACAGCCGAACGUGCCCGUAGAGUAGGCAAAUCUCCUUCCUCUUUUUCCGGUUGGACACAAAACGGCAUAACACCUUUAUUAUACAAGAUUAGGCAAAUCUCUGCAAGUCCGUGAGAAAUCGGCCAUGGCAAUGGAGCCACCGACGACUUCUCGUCCGUGGAUAUCGGAAGCGGUGCCCCUUCUUGUGGUGGUUCUUUUGGCGGUCCACGUCUCAGCCUUGGUAUAUUGGAUUUAUAAGUUAGCUUCGGAGAAGCCGCCCCCGCGGAGAAAGACGCAUUGAGAUCCCCCUCGACAUCGUAGUGUGUACGGUAAGGUGGUCGUCCUAAGUGCCUGCGUUAUGCCUAGUUGGUCGGGGGGUUCAAUCUGCCUACAGAUCAACCGUAACAAUCUUAUCUAUGUGAACUCAUAGAAAACAAAUCAAUUGUCAACAGACCAUAUAAAGUUGGAAUGAAGGCGAACGUUACAUUAAAGAGUUUAAAGUGAUUUUAACGUUACAUUAAAGAGUUUAAAGUGAUUUAAACCUUUGGUGCGAAUUAAUUUGGGCCAACUAUAGGUAUUUUGUUUCUCCAUUCUGCUCUGUUUGGGGAAAAUUAUUUGCCUAAUACUUUUAGGUGCAUUCAUCCUUUUAUGAGUUCUUCAUCUAGAUUUAAUGCAGAGGGAUAUUAGGUCUUGUUGUACUCGUCAAGAAAUCAUUGUGAACUCGAGGCUGUAAUUUUUAUUGAAGUCAGCGUCAACAAUUUCAAGUUCAAUUCUGUUCUGAUGAUGUUUAAUAUAUAUUGUUCUCAUGACCAGAAAAGAUCUUCCUAGCCUCAUAUAUAUA